GUUCUCCUACAGGCUGCAGCUGCAGAAGGGAAUGCGUCUGUGGACGACCUACUGAGCAUGUGUGGAACUGAACUGAAGGACGACAUGAGACGACUGAACUGCAACAGAGAAGAGGAGAGUGGACUGAGGAUGGACAUGAGGAUGGACAUGAGCUGUGAGGAGAAGAGGAAGGAAGGAGGAUGUGACCCGGGUCCAGACACAGAGCCCCCAGGAUGUGACCCGGGUCCAGACGCAGAGCCACCCCAGGACGGGAACCCUUUCUCUCCUGUGAGCGGCCAUGCCCCCUCUGACCCUGCCGUCACCUACAGCGGCGGCAGCAGCCCCGCCCACAGCCGCUCCAUCUCUAUCUCGGUGGUCCCCUGUUCAGUAUCUGCAGAGGAGACCCCAGACCCCUUCAGCCAGGACCCCCGGACCCCCCCGCUCGGCCACACCUCAAAGACACACCCCACCAAGGCCUCGCACACACCACCGCUGGCGUCACGUAAACUGCUGCAGCUGCUGCCGAACAUCGGGUUAACGAGGAGCAAGAGCCACGAGUCCCAACUGGCCAAUCGCAUCGAAGAGCCGACCAAUCAGAGACCCUGUCAGAAGAACAGAGUUUUGGCAGUUCUUCAGAUUAAUGGCAGUGGGAGCGCUCCUGACGAUUCUGCCCUGCGCUCCCCUCUGCUGUCUGCCCGGACCCCCGGACGAGGAACCGGACCUGUGCCCAUGUCUGCCCCGUACAUGCUGCCCAUCCCUCCCACCCCACUGGACAACGUGUCCAUGCACAGAAGUUCUCCUCAGACCAUGAGGAGGGACAUCGGUCUGGCAGUGACACACCGGUUUUCCACUAAGUCGUGGCUGUCUCAGAGCUGUCAGGUGUGUGGGAAGAACAUGAUGUUUGGAGUCAAGUGUAAACACUGCAGGUUAAAGUGUCACAACAAAUGCACCAAAGACGCUCCGUCCUGUCGCAUAUCCAUCCUCACAUUGCCCAGGAUGCGUCGAGCGGAGUCGGUUCCGUCAGAUAUAAACAACCGGAUCGAGCGCUCAGCUGAACGUCCGCCGCAGUUUGGAACGUUACCGAAGACACUUCUGAAACGGGAGCCCCCCCCCCUCUUGGACUCCAGUACUCCUUCUUCUGCUGCCUCCUCCACGCCCUCGUCUCCAGUUCAUUUUCACCACACACCCCCCCCCAGCCACGCCCCCCCCCAGGAGGGAUCCAAAGACGGACGCUUCCACUUCCCAGAUGUUCCUGUUCCUACAGUUUCUCAACAGUCCUGCAGCUUCUAUGAGUCUGGUCUGUCUCAGGUGGUGGUUCCACAGUCACAGCAGACCACAUCAGCUCAACCAACGGAGGACGCAGAGGACAAUUGGACGAAGGAGGAGGAGCCAGCCAACGGCAAGGGGGGGGAGGGGGAGGGGGAGGGGGGGGGAGAUGGACUGGAGGACCUGCCCCCCCCCCACCCCAUCAGCCGGAGGGGGGCGGUGGGCCGCUGGAGGGGGGGUCCAAGCCAGGCUAGCAUCUACCUACAGGAGUGGGACAUCCCAUAUGAACAACUGCAACUGGGAGAGCUGAUCGGAAAGGGCCGUUGGGGGCGUGUCCACAGGGGUCGUUGGCAUGGUGAAGUUGCCAUUCGUUUACUGGAGGUGGACGGAACCAACCAGGAACACCUGAAACUGUUUAAGAAGGAGGUGAUGAACUACAGACAGACCAGACACCAGAACGUCAUCCUGUUCAUGGGAGCAUGCAUGGCCCCGCCCCACCUGGCCAUCAUCACCAGUUUCUGUAAAGGCGUGCCAUUGUAUUCUGUCGUCAGAGAAAGACUGGACCGACUCGACAUAAAUAAAACCCGACAGAUCGCACAGGACAUCGUAAAGGGUAUGGGUUAUCUUCAUGCUAAAGGCAUCAUCCACAAAGACCUGAAGUCCAAGAACGUCUUCUACGACUGGAACCGAGUGGUGAUCACAGACUUUGGCCUGUUUGGGAUGGCAGGAGUGGUCCAGGAGGACAGGAGACAGAGUGUUGUUCGUAUUCCUCGUGGUUGGAUCUACUAUCUUUCAUCAGAGAUCGUCCGACAGAUGAACCCAGAGGAAGACCAGGACCGCCUGCCCUUCUCCAAACCUGCAGACGUUUACGCCUUCGGAACCAUCUGGUAUGAGCUGCAUGUUGGAGGCUGGCCUCUGCUUGAUCAGCCAGUGGAGGCCCAGAUCUGGAUGGUGGGCAGUGGACUGGGCAUGAGGAGGGAGCUGGUGGACGCCAAUCUGGGCAAGGAGGUCACGGAGAUCCUGUCCUCCUGCUGGUCCCUGGAGCCCAGUGAGCGGCCCUCCUUCCCCCAGCUCAGUGGGAUGUUAGACAGACUGCCCAAACUGAACCGACGACUAUCCCAUCCAGGACACUUCUGGAACAGCCCCCAGUAGGGACCAGGACCAGGUGAACCAUGUGGACCAAGAUUGUCCCACCCAGGACACUUCUGGAACAGCCCCCAGUAGGUACCACAGACUGAGACCAGGACCAUGUGGACCAAGACUAUCCCACCCAGGACACUUCUGGAACAGCCCCCAGUAGGUAUCAGGGACCAAGGGACCAGGACCACAUGGACUAAAGUGCCCACAUGGGCCAAAGGGACUAAACGGACCACGUGGACCAAAAGGCCCAGGUGGUCCACAGUCAGUGUAUGUCACUGAACAUGUUCAUUCGAAUGUUUCUAAUGUAAAUCUGGUUUGGUUUUGGAACAGAAUGGUGUGAAUGUGUCAAAUACACAGGACUGGUUCUAAUGAAA